AUGUCGUCCUCGGGCGAGCCCUCGCCGCCUGUCCGGCGGGCGUCCACCCAGUCCGCCACCGCUGCCGGCGUUGCAGGCCCCUCCGCCAAGUCCACCGUCGCCGCCGCCGAGGCCGGAGGCAGCAACAGCAAGAAGAAGAAGCGCAUCAGGAACUGGACGGCCGAUGACCGCGCCGUCCACCGCGUCUUUGAGCGCUCCCGGCGCGAGGCCUUUAAGGAGCGGCUGCAGACGCUCGCGUCCCUCGUCCCCUCGCUCCAGUCGGUAGACCCCAACCGCCUCUCCAAGCACGUCGUCGUCGACGAGAGCAUCACCUUCAUCAGGGCCGAGCGGCAGGAGGCCGCGCACUCGCUCCGCACCGUCGACGCGCUGCUGGCCGAACGCGACGGCCUCCUCGUCGAGCUCAACCGCUGGCGAGCCACCGCCGGGCUCGACGUGCGCCUCCCGCGGGACCUACCGGUCGACGAUCUCGCCGUCGCUGCCGCUCAGAGCCCCGCGAUCCCACAGGGGAGCAUGCGUCCCGUCGCAGCCCUUCGCGUGGACGACUGGGUCGCCGGCGGCGGCAACGACCUGCUCCCGGCCGGCGACGAGCCCGCUCUCCUCGAGGAGCCCGAGCCUUUUGGCGCCCCCGAACUGGAGCUCGAGAACUCGCUGGGCCUCAUGCAGCUGCCGGUCGGAUCGGCCUCGUCUGCGGGCCACAUGGGCGGAGCGUCGUGGAGCCCGUCGGCGCCCGACUUCGCCAUGCCCGGCCUUCAAACCGAUUUCGGCGACCUCUUCUCGACUACGACCAAGGGUCUGCCCCAACAAUCCAUGGUGCAGACCUACGGACUGCCCCUCACGGAUAUGGAGCUCGCGCAGGACGGAUCCUGCGAUCGAGUGGGCAACUUGGACAUUGCCGACCCGCGAGCUUUUGGCGGCGACCACGCACACAUCUACAGCGGCUCCAUAUGA